UUUCCAGUAUGUUUGUUGCUGGCGAUGUACUCAAUGGGGUCUUGCAGUUAUGUAUUUAUGCUACUGGUCGGCGGUUUUGCAUUCCAAGUUUGCGAAAGUAAUAUUAUUCACGGAGGCUCAUUUGAAGAGCGUUCGUCGCGAUGGCUGUCGAGGUUGAGAUCAAAUAUGUGGAAUUUCGAUCCAGCUCCGGAUGGAGUGAUUUCCAUUACUGGGGAGCAUGCCAAUUCCGGAUUGAAGUCACUGAAGUUCUUCAUGGGCCCCAAAUCGGGCAGACCUGACCCGAAUUUGGCACUAGUUGCAAGUCAGUUUCUGUACUUGCCUGAUACGUGUGCGAACGAUUCCACUGGCCAUUCAUUGACGUUUCAAUUUCAUGUCCGAAAACCAGUGUCAGUACCAGCACUGGCACGUUUGGAUAUAAGGUACACCGACCGAUCGUUCAUGUUCGUUAAAACACCACUCGUAGAUCUGGGCGAUGGCGAGUCGUUCACACGUGUGUGCCGGACCAUACCCGACUACGGCAGAAUUGAGUCGAUUCUAGUCUCACUGUCGGCCGAACCACUUCGCCCAGGCCAGGAGAUCUACUUUGAUGAUGUCGCUCUGGACUUUGGUGACGAGGCGCGGCUGGUUGGAGAUGACCAUCAGCCGUGUCCGGCGUAUAAGCAGUCAUUUCCCGUGCGCCGUCGUGUAGAGCCUGGAUUUAUUGUGCCCGUGCCAGUGGUAGUGCCAGUGCGUGCUGCUGCGGCUGGUGCUAGGAUAACAAUAGCCACUCAGCUGACUGUGGAUAGAUUGGACAACCUGGAGAGAAUGGCUGAGCAAUGGCAAGGGCCUAUUUCCGCUGCCGUGAUGGUUUGGGCUGGCCGAAAUGGCCAGCCGGAGGCACGUCGGCAAAUAGCCGAGGUUGAGGAAUUUAUUUCAUCCAGGGCUACGUUGCUACGCUUCGUGACUGUGCACUUGGUUCAUGAGGACAUCAUGAAUGGAGAGGAUCACUUCUUCUACCCGGUGAACUACCUUCGUGCUGUUUCCUUGGAGGCCGUGCACACACAAUAUGUCUACUAUCUGGACGUGGACAUAGUUCCUGCGUUUGAUGAGGCAACCACAGCCAGACUUGUUGCCGAGUCCAAGGGACAGGUUGAAGCUGACAAUGUCGCUCAGAAGUGGGCUUUCAUUACACCGCUGCUCAAUUUGAAAAGUGCUACCAGUAUGCCAAGCAGUAAGACUGAGGCGGUGAAGUGGAUUGGAGAUGGGCAGCUGGAGGUGUUUGCCGUCGUCUCUCACAGUAUCGUGCAGUAUGGCAAAUGGAUGCAGAGCUCGACUUCCUUCCUUACAGACUAUCGUGAGAACGUGGAGCCGUAUUUUAUCAUUGACACAUCGUAUGCACCGAAAAUGAUGGAGAUGUUUUCCGGCUAUGGUCGAGACAAGUGUGCAUACAGUCGUGAAGCCCAUGGAAUGGGUAUACAGUUUGUCACGAUGCACAGCACCUAUGCCAUCAACUGGAAGCAAACAUCGCGCCAGCGAAGUAUAGCCUCUUUUCCUCCACCCGACGGCAAUUUAGUCCAGCUGCGUGUCUACCUGAACAGCCUCUACCACGAGAAAGAGAUUGAAGUGAUGCACGGCGGUAAACGUUACCCGCCCCUGUGCCCAGCUGAGGAAGAUCCCGCUUCCACUGAUCACCAUGUCAGCGAUGUGAACAACGCUCAAGAGGAAGAAGACCAGUCUGUGGACUCUUUGCCAGAGCCAUCGUACGGUGUGCGGUGUGCAGAGUGGCUGACGACCGAGCAUGUGAAUAUGGAGGAGCCGCCGCAUCCACCCUCUAGGCCUUAUCAUCGUGACGACACGAUCAUAGAAGGUAUCCUAAUGGACUUCAAUACCACAGUACUGGUCAAGAUGGGAUCAAACCUGAAUGUCCACCGGCAGAUGCUAGUCAUGAUGCACAUGGGAAGUGUCAUGCUUGUCGAUAACGUUCGAGGGGGCAAGGUCAGCGUAGAGGCGCAGGACACAUUGCAGUUCAUCGUCCGGGGCGGGCUAGAUCUCCAAGAAGUCAUGCAGCAGAUUGAGCAGCAUUCGCCUGGGAAGAUGUUGGUGUGGCUGGAUAGUGAUCUUGAUGCUGAGCGGAUGAAAUCGCUUCUGAGCGGUGUGCCGAGCAGUGCUGUCAUUGUCCUGGCCGGCACACCGGAGCAGAGGAAUGACCAGAUCAGGAUGGUGUGCAGACACAAGGCAAAGUGGACGGCGCACGCACGCGGCAGUGUUGCAGUACUUGCUGGCGGAGCUGGAUUUCACGUCGCCGAGAAGCCAUACCUACCCACGCUGCCUGGCGUUGCUCUCGACGCUCAGCCACCGUCGUGUACAGGUCAAGACCUGUCACUGGACGUGAUCCUGUUUACACGCAACCGACCUGUGCAGCUUCUCAGCUUUGUGGAGAGUCUGGCUAUGACACUGCGGGGAGUUACACGUGUGGUUGUGGUGCUGCGCUCGGAUGAUGAACUGUUCGACAAGGGCUAUGCUAUAGUAGAGCAGCAAGCACGACACCUGGGCGUGCAGCUGAAGAUUCUGAACCAGAACGACGAGCACUUUGGCAAUCUGUUGCUGCAGCAUUUUACGUCGGAUGCAUCAAGGUAUACUUUAUUUGCUGUGGAUGAAAUCGUUUGGCUCAGGCCUCUGGAUUUGAGCACUGUUUUGUGUUAUCUGGAGAAAUCGAAUGGAGUCUUUGGUUCAGCACAAUUACGUUUGGGCAAUGCUAACUUUCGAGCAAGGUAUAGCCGUGUCCAAGCACAGAGUUGGCAACUUCCUAGCAACAGUGAGUUUCUGGCACUGUACCCGUAUCAACUACCCUACGACUGGGGCUACGUUCUGAAUGUGGAUGGCACCCUGAUGAAAACGAGUGACGUAGUGACCGACUUGCAGGACUUACUGUCCACUAUACCGAAUCCCAGUAGGCUGGAGAAUGUCUGGAUAGUGCAUCGACUGCCGAAGCGCUGUCGCCAGUGGCAUCUAACGUUCGCUCACACGUACCUGGUGAACAACGUGCUGGAAGACGGCCGCGUGUUGGCACAGAUUGAACCAGCGGAAAAGAGCAAGACUCUGGCACGAAAGCUUGUCGAAGGGAACCAGAAAGUCGAUGUUGCCCGCUUCCAGGCGGACAAUGCGGACGGAGUUGCUUCAACGCACAUAUCGGCAGAAGUACAUUAUAUACAGCUGAAGGGAAGUCCCAAGGAAGAGCUUUAGCCCUCUGCGCACGGACACACGCGUAUACACACACGCACGUGGCAGUACCAUUACAGCUGCUUGGCUGGCAUUUACUCUGAUCCCUCUGUGCCACACCCACACCCACACACAAUCCAGUAGUCAGCUAUGAUGGACAGCAUUGUCUCAAUGCAGUUUGAAUACAUGUGCUACUGAGUGCCUGCAGCUGGAGUGGUGAGCUUGCUCUGGGGCACAGGAGUGCCGGCGUCAUCUUUGGCUUACGGCACUACAAUGUAGCUGUGGCUGAACAUCUGGCACUGAAUCCAGCAAGCAAGCCAUAGGAUUUUCAAUCUCUACUCUUCAUGCCAUCAUCACCCUACAAUGCGAGAAGUCUGCUCUUGUUGGCAGCAACCAGUUGCAGGCAAUUUGUUGGUGCUGCUGAACAGCUUGUAGACUUUUAUUCUUCUCAGUUGGUCAAUGUUGACCGUGGAAGGGAACUUUCCGUGUACCUAAUGUCAACUUCAGCCCUAGUCACAAGAACCCUGUCAGUUGAUGUGCACAGCUGUAGACUUGAUAAGGCCAGCUUGCGCACUCAACACAUUCUAUGCUAUUUUCGAAUCGGCAACUUUCAUUGGCCCUGCA